UAUUUUUUAAAGAUCUUUGUCACAUUUCUACUUCUCAAAAGUCUAAAAUUGCUCUCAAACAGAAUAAAAUAGAUUUUUUAGAAACAUCAUUUUUAUGAGUUACUGUAGUAUUCAAAUUUCGUAAGGAAAUUUCUGUUCACCUGUUUACAGAUUUUACCUCGUUUAUGAUAUCGAGACAUUUGAAGUGUUGUGAAAAAUGACAAAAUUUGGAUCAUACAAAUGUAAUUUGAGGCCAUUAUUUCAAGUAUACAUUUUAAUGAAAAUAUUAUGUCCAAAUCUCAAUAUUUUCUUUAGAAAAAUGAAUGUUGACCAUUUUGAAAAGGAUUUAUCCUACAUAUCAUUCAUGAUUCCAAGUUUUAGGAUGACUUACUGUGCUUAUUUCUGAAAAGAUCAUAAAUUAUAUUUCAACAUUUUCAUCCUAAUAAAGGAAAUAAGAAAAUAAAAAAUAAAACUUGCACAUUCAAUUUUACGAAAAAAACAACAAUCAGAUAACAUAAAAUUCAAAGAAUAUCAUGCUUGGAUGAAAUUUUCCUUGUGAUAAAUCAUGUCUUUUAAUCAUAGUUUAUGAAAUACAGAACAGGUCAAAAAUUGAAAAAAAAUAAAUAUACAUAUAUCUAUUCCUACAAAGGAGGGGAAGACAUGGAUUUCAAACAAAAUUAUGAAACCAUCUUAUAACUCUUGAAUAUAUAUAUAUAUACAUAUGUGUGUACACACACACACACACACAUUUAUAUACAGAAAUGAAUAGUACAAUGAAGACUACCUCUGAGCCACCAAAAGCUUCACUGGAGGAACAAGCCUCAAAUGUGCCAAGCUUAUCCAUUCUACUUCAAACCACAAUAUUAGGGUUUACAUUUGUUGUUGGACAUAUCAUGCGGCAAAAAAAUAUCCUCAUCAUCCAUGAGGCAGGCAUUGCUCUUCUCUUGGGUGUUUUUGUUGGCUUGAUGAUAACUUUGAUGGGUGACAAUGGAUUUAAGACUUGGAUAAACUUCAACAACCACUUUUUCUUUUAUGUUUUGCUACCUCCAAUCAUAUUUGAUUCAGGAUGGAGUUUAAAACCAAGUCAUUUCUUUUCAAAUUUUGGGGCAAUAUGCACCUUUGCCUUUUUAGGGACUAUCAUCUCCACAUUCGUGAUUGGGGUUCUAUUAUGGAUGUUUGGGUUCAUGGGUUGGACAUAUUCAAUGCCUUUUCUUGUAUCACUUACAUUUGGUGCUCUAAUAUCUGCCACGGACCCCGUCACCGUUCUCGCAAUAUUUAAUGUGCUUGAAGUGGAUGCAGAUUUGAAGGCUUACGUGUUUGGGGAAUCUGUAUUAAAUGAUGCUGUGGCUAUUGUUACUUAUAGGACAUUAAUGUCAUUUGUUGGCACUACAAUCACUGGCCAAGGGAUUCUAAAUGCAAUACUGUAUUUCGUAGGGAUUUUUGUGGGAUCUCUUUUUAUAGGAGUCUUUGCUGCACUGGCAAGUGCUUUGCUGUUCAAAUAUGGAUCCCUUCAUCAAGAAGAAGAGUUGACAACAUUGGAGGUUUGUUUGGUGGUUUUAUUCCCAUAUGCAUCCUACAUGCUCGCUGACGGCCUCAAUCUUUCUGGAAUAGUUGCCAUCUUAUUUGCAGGCAUUGGGAUGAGGUAUUACACAGCUCCAAAUUUAUCAUUAGCAGCCACUCAAUUAACAACAAGUUUUUUUCAGAUGUUAGCCAAACUAUCAGAAACGUUUGUAUUUAUUUACAUGGGUGUUGCUAUGUUUCUUGAACAACUAAGUUGGCAUAGUUUUGGAUUUACAUUUUUUACAAUUAUAAGUUGUUUAAUUGCAAGGAUAGCAAAUAUCUAUCCUUGCUCUUGGUUGAUAAAUCUCAGAAGACCAAUCUCCAAAAAAAUUCCCACAAGAUUUCAACAUGCAUUAUGGUUUAGCGGACUCAGAGGAGCAAUGGCCUUUGCUCUUGCAUCACAAUCUGUUGUUGAUCUUCCCAAAGACUAUGGUCGAAUAUACCUUACCUCAACUCUUUUUACAAUAUUUUUCACUGUACUAUUUAUAGGUGGAUCAACAGCUCAAGUAUUGAAAUACCUUGAAAUCGAAUUUCAUGUGAGUAAAGAUGAUGUGGCAAAUCAAGUAUCAAAUAAAAAUGAGGAUGAGGAAGAGCAGGAGCUUGAAAACAUACCCAUUGUGGAAAAUAAAAUGAUUUUCUCAACUAUUUCUCAAAAACAUAAAACCAUUCUUCAAAAUAAACUACAAAAGUUUGAACAAGCGGCAUCGUUUGCUAAGUUGGAUGAGAAAUACAUCAAACCAUUCUUAGCACCAAGUAGUUUAGAAGGAUCUAUCAGAUCAACAAAGCAACAAGAAGGACUCAGAAGAGACGAAUCUUAACCAAAUGUUUGGAAUAAUAAAAUUGUGAACAUAAAAUAUUUCUGUUUUUUUUUUGAAUAUUAUAUUGAUUUGUUUUUUAUUUUAUUUUUAUUUUUACAUGAUUCAUUUAUCUUUAUAGUGUUCUUUGAUUUCCACUUAUAAACAAAGAAAAAGAAAAGCGAAGUAAAACUUAGGUGCUAAAUCCUUGCAGAACAUUCCUUAUGUAAUUAGGGUCUUAGAUUUGAAAAAUAAUGGAGAAAAUUUCAAUGAUUAGUUAUUUAUUUAUUUAUUUUAUUCCACAUUUAAAUUUUAUUUUUUAUUUUACUUAUGAAUUUCAUGGAAUUUGAGAUAAAAUGAACCAUUUGUGAUACUGAACUCUUUCAAUAUUUUAAAUAAUUAUAGAGGAUAGAUUUGAAGUAAUCAAAUGUAUGAGAGGAUAAUGUUUUUAUGACAAUGACACUUUUUUGUAUUGUAAAAUCUUGGAUCAUUUAUUUA